AUGACAAUAAUAGGAUCAAUAAUUAAAAUUAGUAACCCAAAGAAAUUUUCAAUUGGUGGUGGGUCAAUAUCAAAUAAUAAUUUUAUAUCUUUAUAUUCAUCAAAAAAAAAAAAAUGUGAAUCAAACUCUGGAUCUGGUUUAUUUGGUGCUAAUAAUUUAUUGGGCGGUUUAUUGGGAAGUUUGGGUGGAAAUAAUAAUAAACAGGUUGUUUAUCACCCAGCUGUUUCUGCAACAGGUGAAACAAUUUAUAUACAUAGUGUAUGUGGUUGCGAAUAA